CGCCCCCUCCUUCGCGGGACUCAGAAGAUGGAGGGCUACGGGCGUUUCUUGGCGCUGCUGGUCUCGGCGCUGCUGGUCGGCUUCCUGUCGGUCGUCUUCUCCCUCGUCUGGGUCUUCCACUACCGCGAAGGGCUGAGCUGGGACGGGGGCUCGGGGGAGUUCAACUGGCACCCCGUGCUCGCCGUCACCGGGUUCAUCUUCAUCCAGGGCAUCGCUAUUAUUGUGUACAGGUUGCCAUGGACCUGGAAGUGCAGCAAACUCCUAAUGAAGUUCAUACAUGCUGGACUAAAUACCAUAGCUAUGAUCCUUGCAAUUGUUUCUAUGGUAGCCGUGUUUGAUUACCACAAUGCCAGGAACAUUCCUAACGUAUACAGUCUGCACAGCUGGAUUGGGCUGACUGCUGUUAUAUUUUAUUCUCUCCAGCUUUUCUUGGGUUUCGCUGUCUUUCUGCUCCCCUUUGCUCCAGUUCCUCUCCGAGCAGCUCUCAUGCCAAUUCACGUUUAUUCGGGUCUCACCAUCUUUGCAGCAGUGAUUGGAGCAGCUCUAAUGGGAAUCACAGAAAAGCUUUUAUUUUCAUUGAGCAAUCCUGAUUAUAGUGCAUUACCACCAGAGGCAACUUUUGUCAACUGUCUUGGUAUUCUGCUUGUCAUCUUUGGUGCACUAAUUUUGUGGAUGGCAAGCAGGUCCCAGUGGAAGCGUCCCCCAGAAGACAACGCUAAAAUUCUGCAGUCCAUUGGAGAGACUCCAGAAGGCACAGAAGAAGAAUCCACGAUGACAGAUGGCAGUAAUGCAGAUAAAUCUGAUCUGAGGAUCAACAGUGAAGCAGCCAGAAAACAGAACCUCAAAUUUGAUGAAGCAGGCCAACGAUCAACUAUGUAAAGCAAAUAGACAGGAUAAUGGUACCAUUAUACUGCCAGUCCCCCCCAGGUCCUUCCAAUUUAUUUAUAUUGAUAUAUAAAUAGAUUGGGGUUUUAUUUUCACUAUGGUACUUGAGUUUUCUGCGUAAGAAUUUAAAUUCUCAUAAGUCUCAAACAUUAUAUUGGUUCAUGCUCAGUUUCUUAUUUAAAAAAUGAGAGUGUGAAUGACAUCGGAUAAUGGGAAAAUCACAUAAUUGGGAGAUGUUUUCCAUAUCACUCCUUAAUUUAAUGUUUAUUUUAUGAAAAGUUAACAAGAUUGAGACUAUAUUUUGCUCUGAGUGAUUUUGCAGGUUAUGAAUAGGAGUCAUGAAGUACAGCAGACCGCAAAAUUUAGUUGGUCACACAUACUUUUUCUGGUAAUGUUCACUCUUUUAAAGCUCUGAUUUCCCAAGCUGAUUAACCCCCUCACCAGCUGCUAAGACCUAUUGGAUUUGAGAUCACAUCAUUAAAUGUUAUCUUUCCUUUAGAAACUUUUUUGUUUAACCAGAGAAUAUCUGUUGACUUUUUUAACCAACUCUACCUGAUAUAUUGUAUACAGACAACAUUUGGCUUUGCAUUAUGUAUGAUCAUUACUGAAAUCUAAGGAAAUUGUAAGACAUCCAAAUGCAGAAUUUAUCUUAUUUGGAAAACUAUGGAUACACUUAAACCAAGCCUUCCUUUUAUCCCAGAAGGCAGCAUUUUCCUAUCUUAAUUUGAUUGCACAGUUCUAUUGAUUUGUGGCACUAGACUCAAAAUUAGGAUGUUAGAAACCAGAGAAGACUGCCAGCAGUCUCACAGAAGUAAAGAUCUUGAAGUGAAAAGUGCUUCAUCUGAGAAACAGCUGAGCUUUGCUGGUCUGUUUAAAAUUCUACUCAUUAACUGAAAGGCAAUUUUUGUAUCUCCACACUUGUGUCAAAGUCAUUAUCAUCAUGAGCAUGAAGACAUACUUCAGUUUGUAAGUGAACUAUAUAAACUGUACUAUGACUUUUUUUUAAUUUGAAAUUAAGGUGUUAAUGCAGUUUGAGUCUCUACUAGCACUUUACUUCUAUAGCUCUUUCUAGUAAUCAGAGUAUUAAUGUAUUAUGCUCAUUCAUUACUUUCACAGAUAUAAACAAUAUAUUUUUACUAAUAUAGAAAAGUAAUUAUAGUAGAUUAUUUUGAUUGCACAUGUGCAAAAUUAUAAGCCUUUCUAUUAUUAUCUCUUGUAAAAGCUGCAGAGCUGACUACAAGUCCAAAUUUACCACUGUCGAUGUUAAAAUAUGGACAGUUUCAGACACUAUAUAAUUUCCUAUUUUUCUAAGACUACAUAAUUUUUUAUCUACUUGAGCUUUUUAAAAUGUUUAAACACAUUAAAUUUUAGCAAAUAUGCAAUUUUUGUAGUUCAAUGUUGCAUUAUCACAAACAAUUUUGGUCAUGAGUUAUUUUGGAUCAUCUCCAGCAAGAAGCACCUCAGUUCCCUUUAUUUGAUUUGUAAUCGCAUUUAAUUACUUGGUGAAUGCAGUAUAGAAAGCUAGCAGAGUAAAUUAUUUGAUAAACUUUUCUGCUGUACCAUUUGGUACAGGACUACAUCCCAGGGUUACAUGUUUUUGCUCAGAUGUGUUUGUGAAUGACGGGACCAACCUAGCAUCAGUGUAUUGUGCCAUGUGAGAAAAUACCUGCCUUUAAAUGCCUUAGUGUAGAAUUCAGGUAUGGCAAAAGGAAUACUAUCUUAUAGUGCGAGCACUCCUCCAGUCCCACUGUGUGCAAUGGCUCAGACUGCUUUCCCCCUGUUUUUCAAGUUCCAGGCAAUUGUCUUCUCUAAAAUUGUUCUGCACCUCUUCAGCAUAAAAUCCAAGUGGUACUGAUAGCAGCUUUCUGAGAGAAAAAAGAACUUGUUUUACAUGACAUCAGUGCUCAGCUGACACAACAUGAUUAUGUUAUGCAUGCUAUUACAAAUUUAUAUAUUGAACAUAAUAAGUAGGAAGAGGGAUUCACAGUAGCUUAAGGAGAACACUAAACUGUGCUGUCAUCUUCUGAUCUCAUGUUCUGCUCAACUAGUCAGCUUUUUUUGAAAUCAGUACAUGUCUGAUGGCUGAUGGAUGCACAGUUAGUCUUUGUGAGAGAUGCUUUAUUAACACGUUUGAAGUGUAACAGGUGAAGUGAAUAAAUGAAUUCAACUGUUCUAGUAAUUUACUGCACUAACUUUCUAUACUGCACUGACACAGACAAUAGCAUUUUAAGUUGGUAUGUAUUGGCCUCUUACUGUGUCUCAUCUACUUGUGAAAAUUAGCUCAUUCGAUCCUUGUAUAGUCAUCUAAUAAAAGCGUGCGUCUAAAGAUUGUUCUGGAAGAAACUCUUAACUGUACAGUAUAUAAGAAAACAAAAAAUUAGUGAUUUCUUUUGUUACAAGACUGAUUGGGAUGUACUGAAAUCAACAGUUUUUAGGUGAAUGAUGAUAUUCUCUGCUGAAGUUAAGCUGCAGUAACCAGGAUGCCUUCUGUUUUCUGUUUUAUUCCAUGCACUGUUCAAAGAGUAAUAAGACUUGGAAAAAGAAUGGUGGCAUUUCUUCGCUUAUAUAAAACUAAUUGAAAAUUAAUGAUUAGUAACUUUUUGAGGGUAUUCUGCCAGACUAUUUUGGGGGACAGAGGUUGAGGUUAAAUGUGAUAGUAGAAACUUGAUGAGAGCUGGGCGAUUCCAUUCUGGGAAAUUAUCAUAAACAAUGAUAUCUCAUGUGUAUAAACUGUAGGCUUCUGGCUGCUCCAGUCUUUGGAAGAUCCCUAUGAGAUGCAGUGGUGAUGAACUUCUAAACCUUGCUCAGCCUUAGUGUGUGCAAUUUAAAACAGACUCAACACGCUAUAGACUUUUGGCUUCUGUUCUGGUCUGAUUAAAAAGGUCUUUCUGUAUCCUUACAUGGUAUGAGGUUAGUUCAAGUGCUAAAUAAAAAUACAUAGGACUUUGGAGAGUAUUUUUCUCGGGAAAAAGUGUUCCUGAAGCUGCUUCUCAAAGUGGGCUUCCAUUAACUUUCCUUUCAUGCAACUUUUCUUACCUGUAUUUAUCUGUAACAGCAGCAACACAGAAAAUAAAAAGGUAUAUUUUCAAAGAUAUAAACGGAAGGUAGAACUCUAGCUUUUUAUCAGGGUUUUUCUGCAUGUUUAGAAAUCUUCAUUGCUGUUGUUUUUACAGUAACAUGAUUGUAGAGCUUACAUUCCAAAUUUGGAUUCCUAUAAAAACAUAGGAACCUGUUGAAAAAUCUAACAAUAAACAUGCUAUUUUUUUAAGAUGCCUGGAAAAAAAAAUUAAAAUAUAUUUACAUGCUGCCAUACCGUGCUGCGCACAGAAGCAGAACAGUGUUUUUUUCCAGCAUUAAUUAAACUGAGAAAUGAGGGUGCAAAUUAGAUUGUAAAAUUGAAUGUACAGUAAUUACAUGUAUGCUUCUUACUACAUGUAACCAAGAAGAUUGCAUAUGAUAUUGUAGAUAUGGAUUACUUGUUUACAUUGAUAUUUUAUUGAGAGAUUAAAAGAUAUUGCCAAAUAUUUCUAUUUCAGAAUACUCUUUUGCUUCUCUUCCGGAAAAUUCCUUCCUCUGUUUCUAACUGUUCACAAGUACUUAAAGACUCAAUUUUAUUGUUUUGUUACUCACAAUACCCAUUUAUAGAUGAAAGCAAAUGUUUAAUUACAAUGUCUAUUUUCCUUAUUCUUUUUUGUAUCUUAAUAAAAAUGAUUUUUCAGGCUUAUGAUA